CUCUAUGGUAGAGGUGGCUGGCAGCCGGUCUCCCGGAAGUGAUAUGUGCAGCAGCAGCAUGCCGUGCAUGGAGGAGGAGCAGGAGAGCAGUGGAGGGAUGUGCUGUAUGUGACAGUGGGAGCUAAGGCGGCCUGAGUUGAUUUAGUGUGUCGCAAUUAGUGCGCCGUGUCAUGAUGAAGGAGCAAUUUAGAGAGACCGAUGUGGCUAAAAAGAUAAGUCACAUCUGUUUUGGGGUGAAGUCUGCAGAGCAGAUGAGGCAGCAGGCACAUAUCCAGGUGGUAAGCAAGAGUCUGUAUAGCCAAGACAAUAACCAUUCACCUCUUCCUUAUGGAGUUCUUGAUCAUCGCAUGGGUACUAGCGAGAAGGACCGUCCAUGUCUGACAUGUGGAAAGAACUUGGCUGAAUGUCUGGGUCAUUAUGGUUACCUAGACUUGGAGUUACCGUGCUUUCAUGUUGGAUAUUUCAAGGCUGUCAUUGGCAUAUUACAGAUGAUCUGUAAGAACUGCUCCCAUAUCAUGCUGACCACAGAGGAGAGAAAGCAAUUCUUGGAUCACCUGAAGAGGCCGGGGCUCGCUUAUCUGCAGAAGAGAGGGUUAAAAAAGAAAGUCUCAGAUAAAUGCCGCAAGAAGACCGUGUGUCUGUACUGUAAAGCCUUCAAUGGCCCAGUGAAGAAGUGUGGCUUACUCAAAAUCAUCCACGAAAAGUAUAAGGCCACCAAAAAGGUGGUGGACCCUUUGGUGUCUCAGUUCUUGCAGUCCUUUGAAACUGCAAUAGAGCACAACAAGGAAGUGGAGGCUCUCUUAGGACGAGCACAGGAGAAUUUAAACCCGCUUGUGGUGCUGAAUCUCUUGAGACGGAUCCCUGCUGAGGACAUUCCUCUGUUGCUUAUGAACCCAGAAGCCGGUAAGCCUUGUGACCUUAUUCUCACCAGGCUACUUGUUCCCCCACUCUGCAUUCGACCCUCAGUUGUGAGUGACUUAAAAUCUGGCACCAAUGAAGAUGACCUCACUAUGAAGUUAACAGAAAUCAUUUUUUUAAAUGAUGUCAUCAAGAAGCAUAGGAUCUCUGGAGCUAAAACUCAGAUGAUAAUUGAGGACUGGGAUUUCCUGCAGUUGCAGUGUGCACUGUACAUCAACAGUGAGCUCUCUGGCAUUCCCAUGAACAUGGCUCCCAAAAAAUGGACACGUGGCUUUGUUCAAAGACUAAAGGGAAAGCAAGGUCGGUUCAGAGGGAAUCUUUCUGGUAAGAGAGUAGACUUCUCUGGCCGCACAGUUAUCUCUCCGGAUCCAAACCUCCGUAUUGAUGAGGUCGCUGUUCCUGUCCAUGUGGCUAAAAUACUGACUUUUCCUGAAAAGGUGAACAAAGCAAAUAUCCAUUUUAUGCGAAAAUUGGUACAGAGCGGACCAGAUGUUCAUCCUGGUGCCAACUUCAUCCAACAGAGACAUACCCAAAUGAAAAGGUUCCUGAAGUACGGUAACCGCGAGAAGAUUGCUCAGGAACUGAGAUACGGAGACACAGUGGAGAGGCACCUCAUAGAUGGAGAUAUUGUUCUCUUUAACAGACAGCCAUCCCUGCACAAGCUCAGCAUCAUGGCUCACAUAGCCAGGGUCAAACCGCAUAGAACAUUCCGCUUCAAUGAAUGUGUCUGCACACCUUACAAUGCUGAUUUUGAUGGGGAUGAAAUGAACCUUCAUCUCCCCCAGACAGAAGAAGCAAAAGCAGAAGCUUAUGUAUUGAUGGGAACUAAAGCUAACCUGGUAACACCUCGCAAUGGAGAACCCUUAAUUGCUGCCAUCCAGGACUUUCUCACAGCUGCCUACCUCCUCACACUCAAGGAUACGUUCUUUGACCGCUCGAAGGCCUGCCAAAUCAUUGCCUCUAUUUUAGUGGGGAAAGAUGAGAAGAUAAAAGUUCGUCUGCCUCACCCGGCAAUAAUGAAGCCUGUCACGUUGUGGACUGGAAAACAAAUUUUCAGUCUUAUCCUACAACCAAGUCUGGACAAUCCAGUCCGUGCCAACUUGAGGACCAAGGGAAAACAGUACUGUGGUAAAGGGGAGGAUCUGUGCCACAAUGAUUCCUAUGUGACCAUUCAGAACAGCGAGCUGAUGUCUGGCAGUAUGGACAAGGGGACUCUAGGCUCUGGUUCGAAGAAUAAUAUUUUCUAUAUCCUACUACGAGACUGGGGACAAAUUGAGGCCGCGAAUGCUAUGUCUCGCCUGGCCAGACUGGCACCUGUUUACCUGUCAAAUCGAGGCUUCUCCAUUGGGAUUGGUGAUGUUACUCCAGGGCAAGGCCUACUGAAGGCCAAACAGGAUCUAUUAGAUGCAGGCUACAAGAAGUGUGAUGAGUACAUUGAAGCAUUGAAUACUGGCAAGUUACAACAGCAGCCUGGGUGCAGUGCAGAGGAGACUUUGGAGGCAUUGAUUUUGCGUGAGUUGUCUGUGAUCAGAGACCAUGCCGGUAGUGCCUGUCUGAGAGAGCUGGACAAGAGCAACAGCCCCCUCAUUAUGGCUCUCUGUGGCUCCAAAGGUUCAUUUAUUAAUAUCUCCCAGAUGAUUGCUUGUGUGGGCCAGCAGGCUAUCAGUGGUUUCCGAGUCCCUGAUGGAUUUGAGAACCGAUCUCUCCCACAUUUUGAGAAGCAUUCAAAGCUCCCAGCAGCCAAAGGAUUUGUGGCAAACAGCUUCUAUUCAGGACUGACUCCUACAGAGUUCUUCUUCCACACCAUGGCUGGUCGAGAGGGUCUGGUGGAUACAGCGGUUAAGACAGCAGAGACUGGUUAUAUGCAGAGGCGUCUUGUGAAAUCUCUUGAGGACCUCUGCUCCCAGUAUGACCUGACUGUUAGGAGCUCCACUGGUGAUAUUAUCCAGUUCAUAUAUGGAGGAGAUGGGUUGGACCCUGCAGCUAUGGAAGGAAAGGAUGAACCUCUUGAGUUUAAAAGGGUCUUGGACAAUGUCAAGGCGGUGUAUCCCUGCUCAAAUGAACCGGCAUUAAGCAAAAAUGAGCUUGUUCUGACCACUGAGUCCAUCAUGAAGAAGACUGAAUUUCUUUCAUGCCAGGAUUCUUAUUUGCAGUCACUCACAGAUACAGGGUACAGACACUAUUACCAGGAAAUCAGGAAGUUUGUGAAGGGAGUUUCAGAGCAAAUUAAGAAGACCAGAGAUAAAUAUGGAAUCAACGAUAACGGCACUACAGAGCCUCGGGUUUUAUACCAACUUGACAGGAUCACCCCCACGCAGCUGGAAAAGUUUUUAGAGACAUGUCGGGAUAAGUACAUGAGAGCUCAAAUGGAGCCAGGUUCUGCCGUGGGCGCCCUCUGUGCUCAAAGCAUCGGGGAGCCUGGAACGCAGAUGACCCUGAAAACGUUUCAUUUUGCUGGGGUUGCUUCCAUGAACAUCACUCUGGGUGUGCCUCGUAUCAAGGAGAUCAUCAAUGCUUCAAAGAACAUCAGUACACCAAUCAUUACUGCCCAGCUCGACAUAGAUGAUGACUCUGACUUUGGCCGUCUUGUAAAAGGCAGGAUUGAGAAGACAUUACUAGGAGAGAUAUCUGAAUACAUAGAAGAGGUGUUCCUUCCUGAUGAUUGUUUCCUUCUGGUGAAGCUAUCACUCGAGCGCAUACGGUUGUUAAGGCUUGAGGUGAAUGCAGAGACUGUGAGAUACUCUAUCUGCAUGUCUAAGCUGCGGGUGAAGCCAGGAGACAUCGCAGUUCACGGUGAGGCAGUUGUUUGCGUAACACCAAGAGAGAACAACAAGAGCUCAAUGUACUAUGUCUUGCAGUCACUUAAAGAAGAGCUCCCAAAGGUGGUAGUACAGGGCAUCCCAGAGGUAACACGUGCCGUGAUACACAUUGAUGAACAGAGUGGUAAGGAGAAGUACAAACUGUUGGUGGAAGGGGACAACCUGCGUGCUGUCAUGGCCACCCAUGGCGUUAAAGGCUCUCAUACCACUUCCAAUAACACCUACGAGGUUGAAAAGACUCUUGGUAUUGAAGCAGCACGCUCCACCAUUAUAAAUGAGAUCCAGUACACAAUGGUGAAUCACGGCAUGAGUAUCGAUCGGCGCCAUGUAAUGCUACUGGGGGAUCUCAUGUCUUAUAAGGGAGAGGUGCUUGGCAUCACACGCUUCGGCCUGGCAAAAAUGAAGGAAAGUGUCCUGAUGUUGGCUUCCUUUGAGAAGACUGCGGACCACCUCUUUGAUGCAGCUUAUUUUGGCCAAAAAGAUUCAGUCUGUGGUGUCUCCGAAUGCAUUAUAAUGGGCAUCCCUAUGAACAUUGGAACUGGGCUCUUUAAACUCCUACACAAAGCAGAUAAGGACCCUAAUCCACCCAAGAGACCCCUGAUCUUUGACAACAAAGAAUUUCACCUUCCUAUUGCUAGCACGUAGCACUAAGCCACUCUCAAAUUAAACACCAAUCCACUUUGCACUUCCUUCUUCUAAGUUAUUAUUUUUCACGAGUGGACACUGUUACACGGUGAGAGAUUUAACUUUAAGCACUGUGCUUACUGGAGAAACUGGUUCUGGCAGUAAAAAGAGGUGGUUGGUAAUAUAUAAAAUGUAAAUAAGUUGUGUAUUGAAAAAUUUAGAUCUACCUUUUGUCUGGGUAAGAGAUCCGACAGAUUAUGCUGCUCUGUUAACAUGUAAAAGCUACACGCCUCCAACCAGGUGUUUGACUAGAGAUACAAUGGAAUCAAAGAAACGAAAUAGCCAACUGUGCAAAACUGUAUAUAUCACUUGGCAUCCAAAACACAUGGACUGUGUUGCAAUUUGUCUAAGAACCACAUUACUGUGUUAAUAAAACACAAUAUAUGAAUUUGUAUAAUGAAUUAUGCAACAUUGCUUCUCUAUGUUGUUAUUAAAUGCUGGUAUACUUUAUUAGAUUAUUUAUUGUUUUCAGGACGGCAGUGCUUUAGAGGCUUGCUGUUGUUGAGUAGCAGAAAGCCUAGGCAAUUCUGGUUUUCUCCCAUGCAGGAAACUAAUGGUUUUGAGGACAAGUCUUCCUAUGCCUCUUGUAUUUGGCAGUACUUGUUGCAUGGUAUCUUUUUUUUCUUGUGCAUCUAUCCUGAACCAUUUAUGAAGAUGCACUGGUGGAAUGCUUUUGCUAGACUUACAUAUUCUAUUGACACUCAAUACAAACUAAGUAUUUCUUUAUUCUCAAUUUGGUCUCUGCACUGAAUGUAAAAUUAGGACUGCUGAGGUAAGACAUUAUAAAAUGUUUCAGAAAACGCACUUGAUGAUGUCAUUAUUUUGGAUCUGUUUGUAAAUUAGUUUUGUGUACAAUAAAGAAUUACACUUCA